GAUCUGCCAAUAAAAUUCAAGGAAAAAGAAGAAGAAGAAGGGGCUAACGUCAACAGAACUUAAAGUUGAGCUUACAGUAGUUUAGCAAGCUACAAUAUACAAAAAUAACCCGGAUAACUCAUCAAUUCGGAAAAAGGAAUCAGAAAACCUAAAGCACACAGACUUUCUGUUCGCUGCUUUGUUGUUUGAUAGAUGUACUGUAGACGUUAUCCUAGUUUGCUAAGUUGUGGUAGCUAGAGCUAGCUACUGUCGCUAGCAACCCAGCCCAGCUGGACUAACUUGUUUGAUACAUGGCUAGCCAGCUCCCGAGGUGUUUAGCUAAGUACAGCUAGCGAGCCAACCAGUAAAAUAUAAGUUAAACCCGGAUAAUCAAGCAACAUAGCUAGCUCUAACGUUUUAAAGUCCUCAAUUCAAUGCUAGCUACCUAUCUAACUGUAAGUCAGUUGGCCAGCUAGCAAGCAAUGGUCGGCUGGCUGUUAUUUUAAAAUGUAUUAACGCUAUGUGUCUAGCUAGUUAGGUAGAUCACCGACGUGGCUUCCUUCUCUGUUGAUUCUGUAACUAACUUUCUUGAUAUUAUUGACACCACCGUCUAGACGUUAGCUCUAGCUGUCUCGUUAACAUAUUAACUGAACAGGCAAGAUCAACAUUGCAAUGGCCACUGCAGAGGUCUUAUCGGGUCCCUCUGGCUCAGGGACUCGGAAGAUGGCUUCUUUAGAGGGUCUAGGGUCCCCUAGUUCAUCUCAAACCAUGAAGAAGACGAUAGGUCAUCGUGGAAUUGAUCCUACUGGGGAGACCACAUACAAGAAGACCACCUCUUCAGCCCUGAAAGGUGCCAUUCAGCUGGGCAUUACCCACACAGUGGGCAGCUUAACCCAGAAACCUGAGCGAGACGUUCUCAUGCAAGACUUUGAAGUAGUGGAGAGCAUCUUCUUCCCCGGUGAGGGCAGUAACCUGACCCCGGCCCACCACUACAGUGACUUCAGGUUCAAGACAUACGCUCCCAUCGCCUUCCGCUACUUCCGAGAGAUGUUUGGCAUCCGCCCUGAUGACUACCUGUACUCGCUGUGUAACGAUCCGCUGAUUGAGCUGUCUAACUCUGGAGCCAGUGGGUCCAUCUUCUACGUGUCCAGUGAUGACGAGUUCAUCAUCAAGACAGUGCAGCACAAAGAGGCAGAGUUCUUGCAGAAAUUGCUUCCUGGCUACUUUAUGAAUCUGAACCAGAACAAGCGGACGCUGCUGCCUAAGUUUUACGGGCUGUACUGUGUCCAGGCGGGCGGGAAGAACAUCCGCAUUGCCGUCAUGAACAAUCUGCUUCCCCGGGCUGUGAAAAUGCACCUCAAAUACGAUCUGAAGGGCUCCACCUGCAAGAGACGAGCCUCGGCCAAGGAGAGGGCGAAGGCCGUGCCCACCUGCAAAGACCUGGACUUCAUCCAGGACCGACCUGACGGACUGCUGCUUGAGCCUGAUAACUACAAUGCUCUCUGCAAGACCAUUCAGAGGGACUGCCUGCUGCUUCAGAGCUUCAAGAUCAUGGACUACAGCCUGCUGGUGGGCAUCCACAACUUGGAGCAGGCGUGUCGGGAGAAGGGCAGCGAAGAGGCUCCGGGGGCCACCGACCAGAGGAGGCCACCGUGCCAGAAGUCGCUUUACUGCACCGCCAUAGAGGCCAUCCAGGGGGAGGCGAGGGGCAAAGCACACCUAGAAACUGAAGACCACAUGGGAGGUAUUCCAGCACGUAACUCGAAGGGGGAGAGGAUGCUGGUGUUUAUUGGCAUCAUUGACAUUCUGCAGUCCUACAGGUUUGUGAAGAAACUGGAGCACUCCUGGAAAGCUCUGGUUCAUGAUGGGGACACAGUGUCUGUUCACAGGCCAGGUUUCUACGCAGAGCGCUUUCAGAAGUUCAUGUGCAACACUGUCUUCAAGAAGAUCCCACUGAAGACUUCCCCGUCAAAGAAGAGCCGGACCCAGAGUGCCCUCCGCAGGGCCAACACAGCCGCCUCCGGACCUACUUCUCCAGCUCAGGACGUCAGCAGCACGGCCAGGGGCCCUCUGUACGGCAGCACAGAGAUACAGACCGAAACGGAAGGAGACAGUGGCAUGCAGUCAGGACGCCCUGACCUGCUUAUGAAGACCCAGGAGCAGGAUGAUGUUGCCCGUAACUCAACAGAUAUCACCCACUCCAACACUUCUCUGGGAAGCGCUGGGCCUGCUCCCUCACCUCCCCCUGUCAGGUCUGUUGGAGUGGAGGUGCACAAGUCAGCCAGCACCAACCAGGAGCCUGCUUGCACCUCCAAGAGUGUUGGGACACUGGAGGAAUGCAUUGGUGGAGAGGACAUCGUCUCAUUGAGUGACAUCAUUCCACAGGCAAGCACCUGUUAUUGAUUUCACAGAAACAGAUGAUGGAAAUACACUAGAAGACAAACCAAGUUGAAAAAGAGAUGAAUCGGAAGAAGCAUUGCGACAGCCUUGAGGAGUCGAGGCAGGGAAAGUGACUGGACUUAGAAGGGGAAACAAAGAGUAGAAAGACUAGUACAAGUGUACUAGAGGAGCUCAAUGCCCCAAUAACUCUUGGGUGUGGGCGGGGCGAGAGGGCGGUGAUCUCCUAGUUCUACAGGUGUCACAGCUCUUGCUUGAACAUCCUAUUGCCUGCAAUGGACAGUGGGAUCUGACGGAUAUGGUGCCUUUGCUUUGAUGACACUUGUGAUGGGUGUGUACAGUUCUUGACAACCACAUCCAUAUGGUGGUUAUGGGCCAUAGUGCAAUUGCUGUCUAAACCCAAGACAUAUAUCGCAGUCCUCAAAUCAGUGAACAGUGCUUUUCAACCCCUCAUUCCUGUUAGUGCCAGUUCCUGGUCAUAGUGCUUUGGUUCUCCUAGAAUGCAAGGCAAUGGCUUGUGGGUACCUGGUGCUAAAAUAGACAUAUACCAGUGUAGAAUAAAACUUUAUAAUUGUU